UCUUCCAGGAAGAAUGAAGACAUUGGCGCUGCCUUGUGGUGCCAUGGUGCCACUUUGUCUCGUCCAGAGAGUGAGCGCUUCAGCUGUGGUUUAUCCGGUUGGGAGCUUGCACAAGACAGUGCCAAGACGUUCUGCUUGCUGCAAAGUUGUAUCCACAAAAGCAGCAGCAUUUGACGAUGUUUUCGGUUUUUCUGCGAAAGAAGAAGGAUCUGGGAUAGAAAAUGCGGGUGGUGCCAAUGCAGCUCGUGCGAAGAGGAGUAACUGGCAAGGAGGUCUUGUUAUCACUUUGAUUCUUUCCUCGGUUGUGUUCAUCGCAUUUAUUUUCGUCGAUUCUUUGCUAUGGAGAGCUGUCCGACGUUCCAGUGCUACGUUUCUUCUCACAGCUCCAUUUGUUUGCUCGCUAGUCGCAACUGGCUGCCUCGGAUCAUACUGCGUGCCGCUGCUUGCAAAGCUCAAGGCCCAGCAGAUAUUUCGAGUAGAGGGCCCGGCUUCGCAUCUUUCAAAGGCUGGAACACCAACAAUGGGUGGCCUGUUCUUUAUUCCGGUGGGAGUCGGUGUUGCGAGAGCUGCAACCAGAUUUUCGUCCACAGAAGUAGCCGGAGUAGCAGCAGCGACCCUGGUUUUUGCAGCUAUUGGCCUCCUAGACGAUUUUCUGUCGCUGGCGAAGAAGCAUAACUAUGGAGUUCCAGGACCUUUCAAGUUUCUUCUCGAGGUGGUCAGUGGCGUGUGUUUCUUCUUCUGGCUGGAUUCAGCGGGCUUGCCUUCUCCGUACAAAGUGUAUGUCAAUGUCAGCUCAAGUUUGGCCGAUAUCUUCUCUUUUCUUUUUUUCGGUUACAGGAAGAAUCUGGUGCCUUUGCCACCUCCAGUAGGCUUGUGGAAUAUUGGCAAGUGGUAUCUUCCACUCACUGCCUUUUGCUUCGCAGCAAUGGCCAACGGUGUCAACCUCACAGACGGUCUGGAUGGUCUUGCUGGCGGAACUGCUGCUCUGGCUUUUGCGGGAAUGGCCGUGGCUGUUCUUCCCAUAUAUCCUGCUCUGGGAGUUUUCGGAGCAUCCAUGGCCGGUGCUUGCGUGGGAUUCUUACUGCAUAACCGGCACAAAGCGUCCGUGUUUAUGGGAGACACCGGCUCCCUCGCUCUUGGAGCGGCUCUUGCAGCGAUGGCCUCAUGCACGGGCUUGUUUCUUCCUCUCUUCAUUGCAUCGGGCGUGUUUGUCAUCGAAACAGUCUCAGUCAUGGCUCAGGUUGCUUACUUCAGGUAUACGAAGAGAGUUCACGGAACUGGACGCCGUUUGCUGCGAAUGGCACCCUUCCAUCACCAUUUGGAGCACCUGGGGAUGGAAGAGUUACACAUCGUCGCUGGAGCAUACCUCGUUUCAGCUCUUCUAGUCACAUUCGCUGCUCACGUCGGCCUUAUUUCGGCUUGAAGAGAGGUAAACAUCAUGCUCGAGGAGAACCAUUACGCGUUUUCUCAAUACAGAUUACAUAUAUCUUCUGGAUCUGAAGAUGCAUUGACGAAGAGGGGACCGGAGACAAAGAAUGAAAAAAUGCUCCUAGGCAACUGUGAGUGAGGUUCUUUCUUUUCCUCU